AGGGUAGAAUGGCCCCAUAGGGUUUCCUAGGCUAUAUCUCAUGGAGCUGCUAGAUAGGCUUAAACCAUCAACCUUUCGAUUAGCAGCGAAGCGCUUAACCGUUGCACCACUAGGGCUCUUCUGUAAAGAUUACAGCCAAGAAAACCCUAUAGGAAAGUUCUACUCUGUAACACAUGGGGUUGCCAUGAGUUGGAAUUAACUCGAUGGAAACUUUUCUUUUUAAUUCCAAGUUCACUGCCAUUACUGUUGCUUGCACACACACACACGUACACCCCAUACUAUAUGAUGGAAUGCCUUGGUGCCCAUUUUGGCUGCCUUGCUCCUCUUCCGACCAGAGCAGCAUGUUUAAUUUGGAGAUGGUACACUGGGGCCUCUUUGUUCAAACACUGCAGCUGUGGCUUCAAAACCUUCUCCAUCUUUGAGCUGGAAGGUUGACGUUGUUGGCUGGAAUAUCUCUUUCUAUUUCAGUGUCGGUUUGGGGAAUGUAACAGAGUUAGCUGGUAAGAGAGGUGGCAGUGAGAAUACUUUGGGGCUAAACCUUAAACCCUCAAGAAAAACGUGACUAUAAUGCUGACCAGCUCCAAAACUCAUUUUAAGUCAGUGAUUUAGACUUAAGCUUAUUAAAGAAUAAGAAAACAAAUUGUAGGUCCAAAGGCAAAGAGGAAAAAAAGAGAUCAAUCUGGAUGAAAAGAGCCAAUGCUUGAGGGCCAUGGGUCUGCCAUUCUGCUGGGCAUGUCGUAUCUCUCAUUUCAUCUCUUACCAGUCUGGUGAAGUUCAUAUUGGUAACAGCUGAGGACUCUUAGGUUAAGUAAUUUGCCCAAAGUCACACAACUUGUGAGUGGCCAAGUUAAGACUGGAACCCAGGUUCACUGCAAAGCCGUUGUCUUUAACCACUCAGCCGUAAAGCCUCCUAGGAAACGCUACAAGGGGACAGCACUCUUGAACCCAACCCUGCAGGGUGUUGGCUACAUUUGUGGUUUUAAAAAAGCCUGGGGGCCAGAAGGCAGCCCUGGGAGCAGAAGCAGCCCUUUCUGCGGGCAGUUGGAACCUUCUGGUCGAAAGGAGAAGCUGUCCCUGCACCUGGACUUAUGACCCGCGGCUUCCCUCCCAGCCGGCCCACUGAGUUCCCCAAGAUGGGCUCCUUCCGCAGGCCGAGACCACGCUUCAUGAGCUCCCCGGUGCUCAGCGAUCUGCCCCGAUUCCAAGCAACCCGACAGGCUCUGCAGCUGGGCUCCAACUCGGCCUGGAACAGCGUCCAGACGGCUGUGAUCAACGUCUUCAAAGGGGGCGGCUUGCAAAGCAACGAGCUCUAUGCACUGAAUGAAAAUAUCAGGCGGCUGCUGAAGAGUGAACUUGGAUCGUUCAUCACAGACUAUUUCCAGAACCAGCUUCUUGCAAAAGGACUGUUCUUUGUGGAGGAGAAGAUUAAACUGUGUGAAGGUGAAAAUCGCAUUGAGGUUCUGGCUGAAGUCUGGGACCACUUCUUCACUGAGACCCUCCCCACUCUGCAGGCAAUAUUUUAUCCAGUUCAGGGCCAGGAGCUGACCAUCCGCCAGAUCUCCCUGCUGGGCUUCCGAGACCUGGUCCUGCUGAAGGCGAAGCUGGGUGACUUGCUGCCAUUGGCUCAGUCCAAGCUGCCCUCAUCCAUUGUCCAGAUGCUGCUUAUCCUGCAGAGUGUUCAUGAGCCCACAGGCCCAAGUGAGAGUUAUUUGCAGCUGGAGGAGCUGGUGAAGCAAGUGGUUUCUCCCUUCCUUGGCCUCAGCGAGGACCGUGGCUUCUCAGGCCCCACGUAUGCGCUGGCCAGACGGCACUCCAGGGUCCGGCCCAAGGUGACUCUUCUGAACUGUGCCUCCCCGAUGACCACAGUCAGCCGGCCACUGAAUGAGAUGGCGCUAACCCCACUGACAGAGCAAGAGGGGGAGGCCUACCUAGAGAAGUGUGGCAGCGUCCGGCGGCACACGGUGGCCAAUGCCCACUCAGACAUCCAGCUGCUGGCCAUGGCCACCAUGAUGCACUCAGGCUUAGGGGAGGAGGCUGGCAGUGAGGACAAGUGCCUGCUCCUGCCACCCAGCUUCUCCCCACCCCACCGCCAGUGCUCCAGUGAGCCCAACAUCACCGACAGCCCUGACGAACUGGAGGAAGUAGUGAGGGCCAGCCAGGAGGACGAGGAGCUGAACUUUGCUUCCCUCAGCUGAACCCCACCCCCUACAAGGGCAUCCCAGUUCCUGCUUAGCAACCAGAAUGAGGAUGGCUCCAUCCCCAUGGACCACCAAGGGGCUCUGUUUUCGGACAUUGCUGUCCUAUUUCUUUUAGGGAACAGGCCUGGUCUGGAUCAGCCCUGGGGGAAAUUCCUGUUGUAAACCUUUUUGUUUGUGGUGGUGACCAUCACUUUGAACUCACACAGGCCCAACUGCCACAGAAGACCCAGUUGCCUAAUGUUCACCUUCUGACUUCAAGCCUUACCUGCCUGGCUCAGAGCCUCAUCUCGGGGGAUUUUUCCCUCAGAUAUGGGACAGUCUGAUGAUCCCAGCAACAGGAGGCUUUGUGGAUCACCCGUAAAACCAUCAGGAAUGUGCCUUUGGAUUCCUUGUGAUGCAAAGGCUUACGUGUAAAAAGAGGUGGUAGAGUGGUAACUCCUUUUCCCUGUUUUGUGUUAUGUGAAAGUAGACUGCAGCCCUUACGAAGCAGGACUCUGGGACGUGCCUUCCUAGUUUUAGUUUCAGAAGUACAGGGAAAGAGUUGCCUGUGGAAGGUGAGGGUCCCUCCUACAAGUUGCCUACGCAAAGGCCUUUGGUUUUUGGCCCAGGAGGCACUGAGGCUGGAGAAGCUCUGUCUUACAUUAAGCCUCAGCACUUCCCACUCAGGCUUCCUUCCAAACUCAAGGAAUGAACCUUGGGUCGGGUAGCUGGUGCCUUAAUUCUGUCUUAUUUCAGAAACUGAGUUUUCCUGUUGUGGGUGUAAGAGGCUGGUGGAUGCAACCACCUAGUCUGUUCCUGGAUUUGACUUGAAUUUUUAAAAAGUGUAUAGUUAAAAAAAAAAAAAUUGUUUGCAAUAUUUGCACGUAGAACCUUGCACUGUUCAUUUCCAAUGGGGUAUGUACUCAGACUCACAAACCAGCACACUUCUGGGAAAGCGGACUGGAGGUGUGGUUAAGGGUAAAGUGGACUGUGGAGGGCAGGCCAGUAGGCUGCAGAGCUCUGGAAGCAGCUUCUCUCAAACCCAGAAUGGCCUGUGAUUUCGUGAGUAUCAUGGUUUAUAUAGGAAAAGCUGUAUUGGGGGAAGGAGACUCAGCUUGCCUCCUGAGCAAACGGUUGUACCCAAUGGAGAGUCUCAGUUCUUUACCAGUGGGGUGUGAUGGGGGAUAUGUGGGCAGAGCCUUUUGGAGGGAUAUCCAUUCCCCGUGAUUAAAGAAGUGCCCAGAAAUACCUGGGAUUUCUAAAAUGUGGGGCCUCAAAAUGUUAUUUUGGGCACCAGGCUUUGGUACUGUGCUGUGUCCUUCACUGUUCCCUUCAGGUCUGAGGGCUUUUUAUCCAACUGGAAUCCCUGUUCUCCUUUUUCCAUUGGUUUAUUAGCCCCACUGAGAGUGGCUCCAGAAAGAGAGGGCCCCCCUUGACCCUUCUGGCACCUUCUGGGAAUCCUGUUAGUCUUUGGAUGGGAGCCAGCUUGGCUUCCAGUAUGGUAGGAGGAGGCGGGGAGAGGGUGAGGAUCAGUUUAAGCUGCCAGCAGGGUAAGAGGAAACCUUCUAAGCCCAUCGAAGUCUGAAAUAUGACCAUCGUUGUGCUUUGGAUGGCUGGAAAUUUGGAAAUUGUGUUUUAAGAGUUGUUUAAUUUUCAUCCAGCUAAGAGAGUGAAGGAAAAGAAAUGUUCAAAGGAAAUCUGAGAAUUACAAACAAAAAAAUAAUCUCUGUGUAUGUGUUGGAUAAAGUCCAAAAGUUGACUAAUACACAUUAGCAAAUGGAACAUCAGUAGGUAACAACACCAUGAUUUCUUUAACUGAUGGCUUCUGUCUUUAUUAGUAUACUUAGCACUUGAGACUAGUAUUUAUUGAUUGAGGCAAAGUAAUUCAUCAUCUUGGGUUUGCUUUUUUAGUUUACAAGGUUAAUGACAUAUUUUUUUUAAAUGCCUUUUCCAUAUCCCAAGUGCUUCUGAUGAGGGCAGCAGUUAUCAGUUAAAUAUAUAAGCUAUUAAGUUGAGAGUGGGAGUAUCAGUACAGACCCAGAGUACUUAACUGCUGAUGACUGUUAGUUUACAGCUUUACAUUAGUGUACAAAAGUAAAUACUUUGUACACAAAGUAAAUAUUUUUACUUUUUUGUGCAGUAAAUACUUCAGACUGUACAUAUAAAAAUUUUGUUGAUGUUUAUGGGCAUUUCAAUCAUCAGAGCUACUACAAGAGUGAUAGCCUUAGUGUUUUUAAUCACCUUUUCUCCCCUUUAUGACACAAAGAUUUCUUUCCAUUAUUUAUGCUAGAGUUUCCUGUGGCUGAGCUUUAAUGACAGGAAGCAAUCACGACUCUAAAGUCUGAAUGAGCUCACAGGCCACGAACGGUCUCAUAUUGUCUGCCUCCAAAACAGGAUUCAAUAAACAUCAUUUUGUACAUGUCACCCUGCUUUCUUGAUAGGUACCUCAGGCGUGUCUUGAUGGAAUUCAUGAGUGCAGCAAAUUAAAAUCUUUACGCGUCCUGUCCUCUAACUCUGGGCCUGCUUUUCCUGCCUCCACUCCAGAACUAGGAAGCAGCCUUAGCACAGCCAGUCUCCCCUGCGAUUUUUUUGCCAUCUUGGACUGGAUUGACAAAAUGUCAUUUCCUGGGGAAACAGCCUGUGUGUGGUGCUUAGAAAAUACUGAAUAAAAGCCUCUAAGAAGCCAAGGCCUCUUCAAAAACCAAAUUGGUCUCUCUUCCUGGAGUGAUUGACCCAGAGGGAACACUUCUAGUGUUUACUGAUAGACUAUCUCUUCAUACAUUUCUUUACAGCUUUGUUUGGCAGAGGAAAUUUAUAAUAUUUUACUCUGCAUAAAUUCUUCUAGACGCAUGUUAAUGGAUUGAAUUGUGUACCCUCACAAAGAUAUGUUUCAGUCCUAACCCCCAAGACCUAUCAAUGUGAAAUAGGAUCUUUGAGGAUGCUCUCAGUUAACAUGAGGUCACACUGGGGUGGGGAUGGGCA